UAAAGGCAGAGGGUUCGGGGAACGGGGACCUCUCAGGACUCAGCGCCAGGGACCUCCUGCAGAGAAGCAGCACGAGCAUGUGGACGGCGUGGUGUGUGGCCACUCUGUCCAUGGUGGCUGUGUGUGGCACCUGCCAACAGACAAACACGGUCCUCAGGGUGACCAAAGAUGUGCUGAGCAAUGGUGAUGGUGGGGGGCUGCUGGGUGGUGGCCGACACCAUUACAAUGAUUACAGACACACUGAAUUCCCCCGAGGUGUUGGUGGUAUUCCCUACAAUGACUUCCAUGUCCGAGGCCCCCCCCCAGUAUAUACCAACAGCAAACAGCUUGGCGGUAAUUAUAAGUACGGUCACGUUGAGGGCAACGACAACGCUGCUCAGCUGGGCGGCAAAUACCGAUAUGGUGAGAUCCUUGAGUCUGAUGGAAGCAUCAGGGACCUCCGAAACGGUGGCUAUCGCAGUGCCGAGAAUGCAUAUGGUGGCCACAGGAGUGUUGGGCGAUACAGGUCAGCUGAAGGGUCGGCACCUAUGGGCAGGCUUCACCGGCGAGAGCUGCGGCCUGGAGAAAUCCCACCUGGUGUCGCCACUGGGGCGCUGGGCCCAGGUGGUUUGCUGGGCUCUGGAGGCAUGCUGGCAGCCGAUGGCAUCUUGGCAGGCCAAGGUGGCCUGCUCGGCGGAGGUGGUCUCCUUGGUGACGGAGGACUUCUCGGAGGAGGGGGUGUCCUGGGCGUGCUCGGCGAGGGUGGCAUCCUCAGCACCGUGCAAGGCAUCACAGGGCUGCGUAUUGUGGAGCUGACCCUCCCUCGGGUGUCUGUGCGGCUCCUGCCUGGCGUGGGUGUCUACCUGAGCUUGUAUACCCGUGUGGCCAUCAACGGAAAGAGUCUCAUCGGCUUCCUGGACAUCGCAGUGGAAGUGAACAUCACAGCCAAGGUCCGGCUGACCAUGGACCGCACGGGCUAUCCUCGGCUGGUCAUUGAGCGAUGUGACACCCUCCUGGGGGGCAUCAAAGUCAAGCUGCUGCGAGGGCUUCUCCCCAACCUCGUGGACAAUUUAGUGAACCGAGUCCUGGCCAACGUCCUGCCUGACUUGCUCUGCCCCAUCGUGGACGUGGUGCUGGGUCUUGUCAAUGACCAGCUGGGCCUCGUGGAUUCUCUGAUUCCUCUUGGGAUAUUGGGAAGCAUCCAGUACACCUUCUCCAGCCUCCCACUUGUGACUGGGGAAUUCCUGGAGCUGGACCUCAACACGUUGGUUGGGGAGGCUGGAGGAGGGCUCAUCGACUACCCACUGGGGCGGCCAGCUGUGUCUCCCAAGCCGAUGCCAGAGCUGCCUCCCAUGGGUGACAACACCAAGUCCCAGCUGGCCGUGUCUGCCAACUUCCUGGGCUCCGUGCUGACUCUGCUGCAGAAGCAGCACGCUCUGGACCUGGACAUCACCAAUGGCAUGUUUGAAGAGCUUCCUCCACUUACCACAGCCACACUGGGAGCCCUGAUCCCCAAGGUGUUCCAGCAGUAUCCCGAGUCCUGCCCACUUAUCAUCAGGAUCCAGGUGCCGAACCCCCCAUCCGUGACACUGCAGAAGGACAAGGCGCUGGUGAAGGUGUUGGCCACUGCCGAGAUCAUGGUAUCCCAGCCCAAUGACGUGGAGACCACCAUCUGCCUCAUUGACGUGGACACUGAGCUCGUGGCCUCGUUUUCCGUAGAAGGAGAUAAGCUCAUGAUUGAUGCCAAGCUGGACAAGACCAGCCUCAAUCUCAGAACCUCAAACGUGGGCAACUUUGAUAUCAGCCUCAUGGAGGUGCUGGUGGAGAAGAUUUUCAACCUGGCAUUCAUGCCCGCGAUGAACGCUGUGCUGGGUUCCGGGGUCCCUCUCCCCAAAAUCCUCAACAUCGACUUCAGCAAUGCAGACAUUGACGUGUUGGAGGACCUUCUGGUGCUGAGCGCGUGAGUGACAGAGGCAGAGACGCUGCUGCAGCCAGAAGUUGGAACCAGUCCCAGAGAGGCUCGGCCUGGACACAGUCCCCUGCCCAGAGUCCCCUCAGCCUCCAUGACAGGUCCCUCCCUGGCCCCCCAACCCUCUCCCUCCCUUGCCUCAACUCUGAGAAAGGACCCAGCCUCUGCCUGGUUGGCAAACAGUACCUUCCAUGGUCAGCCCAACAGGAGGAGGGGAGUCACCUUGGGUGACACCUCUCAGACCCCAUGCUGACAGCACGUUGAGUAUCUCACUUUCAAUAAAAGGCUCCACUUUCCCUGCA